GUAGGGGGGGGGGGAAUGAGCUGAUGCCGAGGGUCCAGCCACCCCCCUUCUGCCUCCUCGCCUCCCCCUUCCCCCCCGCGGCUGCUGCCCUCGCACACGCGCGCGCACUCAGGGCACUUGGGCCGGGUUUCCGCGCUCCGUCCCCAGGCUGGGAUGGGAGUUUUCAUUUCAGAAGGAGGCAGAACCCGCGGAGCGUGCUGAAGGGCUGGAGCCCCAAGUUUCUUCUCGCCAGCGCUGGCCGUCCGCUGUCACUCGCGCAGGCUGGCCCGGGGAAGGGACCCGCACUCCGGCUUUGUUUUGGAAAUCCCGGUUACCUGGCUAAAAACCCACACCAUGGAUAACUUAUUGGACUUUGCCUGAAAGGAGUCAUUAGUGCCAUUGGAUAUUUGACCAUCUUGGCCACAGGUUUUUUCAAAAUGAAUGGAAGGUCAUGCAGCAUGAAUCUCCACCGGAUAUCAGGAACCCCACAGGGGCCUGGGAUGGUCAGUGGCCAACACAUUCCUCCCAUCCGAGCCCACUCGGGGACUCCUGGCCCCUCGUCCUGUGGCAGCGCACCAAGCCCUGGUAUUGGAAGCCUUGCUAACAGUCUCCAUCUCAAGAUGCCCUUGGGAGGAGGGAUGGUUCCUCAGAGCAACAUGGCUGAGAGCCCCAUCCAUCUGCCCGCCUUGAGCCCCAGGAGACAAGUGCUCACCAAUGGGAAGUCACGAUUCCAGGUCACCCAGGCCGGAGGCAUGUCAGGGCCACACACUUUAAUGCCAAAGCAGAAGGAGUUUGGAAGUCCUUUUCCUCCAAAUCCUGGGAAAGGGGUUCUUGGCUUUGGGCCUCAGUGCAAGUCCAUUGGAAAAGGCAGCUGCAACAAUCUAGUGGUCACCAGCAGCCCCAUGAUGGUUCAGCGACUGGGACCCAUUUCACCUCCAGCAAGCCAGGUCUCUACAGCAUGCAACCAGAUCAGUCCUAGCUUACAGAAGGCAAUGAAUGCAGCCAGCCUGAAUAUACCUCCUUCAGAUACCAGGUCCCUUAUUUCACGUGAAUCUUUGGCAUCCACGACUUUGAGUCUGACGGAAAGUCAGUCAGCGUUGAGUGUGAAACAAGAGUGGACUCAAGGCUACAGGGCUCUCCCUUCGCUCUCUGCCAACCACAGCUCUCAGAAUGGCACUGACCUAGGUGAUCUCUUUAGCCUUCCUCCGGGGACAGCCAUGUCCAGCAACAGUGUCUCUAACUCUUUGCCAGCCUACCUUUUUGGCAUGGAAAAUAGCCACUCUCCUUACUCUAGUCCCCGCCACUCUUCAGCCAGGUCACAUUCGGCCCGCUCCAAGAAGAGAGCCCUGUCCCUGUCCCCGCUGUCCGAUGGCAUUGGCAUAGACUUCAAUACCAUCAUUCGCACCUCUCCCACGUCCUUGGUCGCCUACAUCAAUGGGUCCAGGGCUUCCCCGGCCAACAUGUCGCCGCAGCCCGAGGUCUAUGGGCAUUUCCUGGGGGUGCGCGGGAGCUGCAUCCCCCAGCCAUGUGCAGUGCCCAACAGCCAGAAGGGUGUGCGGGUGGCCGGCAGCGGCCUGGUGCUCCCGGCUUACGAGGAUGACUGCGCGCUGGAGUAUGAGCGCAUGCAGCAGCUGGAGCAUGGAGGCCUCCAGCCCCUGGUCAACAACAUGGUGGUGCAGCAUGGCCUGCCCGGGCCCGAGGGCCAGCCAGCCGGCCUGCUGAAGACGGAACGACUGGAUGACUUCCCGGGAGGGGCUCUAGACCUGCCCUCCGCGUCUCCUCUGCCUCCUCUGCCACCCCAGCCCCAAGGCCCCCCUCCCCCCUACCACGCCCACCCGCACCUGCACCACCAGGAGCUGGUGCCCCAUGCCCAGACACUGGCCCUGGAGGAGGAUGGGGACAUGGACGACAUGGGGGGCAAGCACUGCUGUCGCUGGAUCGACUGCAGCGCCUUGUAUGACCAGCAGGAGGAACUUGUGCGGCACAUUGAGAAGGUGCACAUAGACCAGCGCAAAGGGGAAGACUUCACCUGCUUCUGGGCAGGGUGUCCUCGGAGGUACAAGCCAUUCAAUGCCCGCUACAAACUGCUGAUCCACAUGCGAGUCCACUCCGGAGAGAAGCCCAACAAGUGCACGUUUGAAGGUUGCAAGAAGGCCUUUUCAAGGCUCGAAAAUCUCAAGAUUCACUUGCGGAGUCACACAGGCGAGAAGCCUUACUUGUGCCAGCAUCCGGGCUGUCAGAAGGCGUUCAGUAACUCCAGCGACCGUGCCAAGCACCAGAGGACGCAUCUGGACACUAAACCUUAUGCUUGUCAGAUUCCAGGAUGCACCAAACGCUACACAGACCCAAGUUCCCUAAGAAAGCAUGUGAAGGCUCAUUCUUCCAAAGAACAACAAGCGAGGAAAAAGUUGCGGUCCAGUGCAGAGCUCCAUCCUGACUUGCUCACGGAUUGCCUCACCGUGCAACCCCUGCAGUCGGCCACAUCCCCACAAGAUGCUGCCACAGAUGGGGCAGUGGGAUGCUCCCCGGGGCCUGGGCCCGAACUCUAUCCAGUAAGCAUUUUCUGCUUCCAUUAUUCAAGCCGAAGCGGAACAGCUGCUGGGGCUGUGCCACCCCCACAUCCACCCCCACACCCUUCUCCGGGACAUAAUGUACAGGGGAGCCCCCACAACCCCUCCUCCCAGUUACCUCCACUCACAGCUGUGGACGCGGGAGCUGAGAGGUUCGCACCUUCUGCUCCAUCCCCUCACCACAUCAGUCCCCGGCGAGUUCCAGCUCCUUCUUCCAUUAUGCAGAGAACACAGCCUCCCCAUACCCAGCAGUCCUCAGGAUCACACCUGAAGUCUUACCAGCCGGAAACAAACCCUUCUUUUCAACCAAAUGGAAUCCACGUCCAUGGAUUUUACGGGCAGCUGCAGACAUUCUGCCCUCCACACUACCCUGACUCCCAGAGGACCAUGCCACCCAGCAGCUCCUGCAGUGUGGUGCCUUCCUUCGAGGACUACUUGGUCCCCACGUCCAUGGGCCAGGCUGGUUUUGAUGUUUUCCACAGAGCCUUCUCAACUCACUCGGGCAUUACAGUGUACGAUUUGCCUUCGGGUUCCUCAAGCCUCUUCGGAGAGUCUCUUCGCAGUGGGCCUGAAGACACCACGUUCUUGCAGAUCAGUGCUGUGGACCGCUGUCCUAGCCAGCUCUCCUCUGUCUACACUGAAGGGUAACAGCUCCAGCUCCACUGGCCUCCACUACCACUGGCAUCCAGAACCUUUUGUUGCUUGCCACCUAUUGUGUUCAUACCCUCAAAGACUGCAUGGAAAGGGUGGCGACUGAGUCAGUGGUGUCUGUGAAGUCACAGAUGUGUCUUGGAAGGCAGGGCUGAUGGUCAGAGCUGGGCUUUAUGGAAAUGUUUUUAUUUGCUCCUUGUUCUCUCUGGGUUUGCUAGUGACCAGCAGGAUUGUCUUUUCAAAGGGAAUUUAGACUCUCUCUCCCCCAGAUAUUUCCUCCUGGCUGUCAACCCUCAGAGGACACAGAUGAAGUGAUGUGCAUGUGAAAAUGUAGUUUGGGGACUGCCCUCUCUGAAAACCCUAAAUAGAGAAGGACAAUGCAAAUUGCCAGAAGCACAGAGAACUGCCCGCCCCCCUC